AUGAGGCUUGCACUGGAUCAAAUGACACACUCACAGCGGGUCCGUUUUUUGUAUAAGAUGCUACUUCGAACACACAAGGCUCUGCCACCGGAACUUCGGGAACUUGGGGAUCGAUAUGUUAGAGAGGAAUUCAAAAGACACAAGAAUUGUGAUUCAAUCUACAUUGGUCCCUUUAUGAUGGAAUGGACACGGUAUCUCGUGGAUUUGAAUAAGCAAAUUCGAUCUGCUAUGAAAGUGGAAGGUGAAGAGGGAUCGGAAUACGUGCCUGGAUUUGGAGCUCACCUCAAAGAAGGAGACCUGGAUAUGUUUUCGGAACAUCAGCUGAAACAGCUACUUGCUCUCGCUGAUGAGCUCCAUGGUGUGAACCAAUCGGACGGAUCAAAAACUCAGUCUUCAGUGUAA